AAAAUCCCACAAGAAAAAAAUCAAAUUGGUUGCUAGCACAUUAGCCAUUACUGAUAAAAAUCCAAGUAUAAGAUCAGAAGAUCAACUGAUAUGGUUCAAAUGUUCAUUAUUACAAAAGAUUUGGUCUGCCUCCCUUACUCUAUAGACAAUCAUAAGUAGUCAAGAGAUUUAGAUUUAUUUAUGUACUCUCUAAAGGCCCUUUCAAGUUUAAGUACACUAGACUAGACUAGACUCGUAGUUAGUGGUGCUACAAUUAAACUUGCUUUUAGAGUUUUUAACUGAGUUGGGUGAUUUUGGGGCCAACCUAGAGCAACAAUAAGCUGAAAAGAACAAGGGAGUUAGAUGGAGCAUGGUAAGUGCUUGAAUAAAUUCGUCAAAGAUCUUUGCCCAUCAGAUAUUCUCGUCACCUUUGGCAUAGCUUGCAUCAUCAUAUUCAAAGUACACUGCAAAGCAACACUGUGUGUUUUCUUGCAAUACCUUCACAAAUGUUGCAUUGGUUUUUGGUUUGGUUGUUUUUUGUUUUUGUUUAGCUUAAAACUUUAGUUGGUUUGCUUACACUUUUGUUCACUCAAUUCAUUCAUCUUUCUCAUCAAAAGGGUGUUAUCCAUUGUCUAAAAUGAGCUAAAAAAGCAAAAGACUUUCGUCUGAAAAAUGGUGCCUUUAAGAGAGAGGAGGUACCUGACACCAAACAGAAGUUUUCAACAGAGAAUCCAGAUAUUUUAAUUGUGAUGAUUGCAGAGAAAACAGAUAAUGAAAGGUGGUGAGGAGGACAAAGAAGAUCAGAAAGAAAGAGAAAGAGAGAAGCAACAAAGGAGGGCCCCCCCCUAAAGCCUGCAACAGAAAUGAGUGGCACUGCUGCACCAAGGAUUCUUCAGGUUCACGGUGGAUCAACUGAAUGAUCAUAUUUGAACUCAAGGAAGUUAUAUAAUGAACUUAUGGUGGCUUAAUGCUCCGAAUGAUGAAAUGAAGGCUAAGCUUUAAGAACCCUACAUGUUAAAGGAGCUUCGUAUGGUUGAGGCCAUGUGAUUUUUGUUCCCAAAGUAUAAUGGAGAAUGAUAUGUUCAGCAUUCCACGACCGAUGGUGAGCCAAAAUUCUGUUGUUAUCAAUGGGAUUCCACCAGAGACUAUCACUAAUAACUCAGUAGUUGAGUCCAACUUGUUUAACCAGAUCAACCAAAAUCAGACUUUAGUUGGAUUUCCCGUGCUUCCCUCGGUGCAAGGAGAGUUUGGGGGUGAUCUGUGUUCUGAUCUCCAUGUAUCUAAUCAUGCCAGAUUCUUCGACUCUAAUGCAUUGAUUGCAUCCGUUGGAAGAAAGGUUGCCAGUGAUGCUUCACUUGGCAGUUCGGGUUUGGAACAUAACAUUGAGUUUCAUGAGCAGUUUAUUGGCAGGACACCUGUUUCUUCAAAUCCACCUGCAAGCUGUGGUCUUCAAGAAAACUUAAACGAGUUAGCAAUCAUAGCGCCUUCGAUCUACCCUCAGGAUUUCAGGAAUUACUCUUCAACUGAAUGUUCUGAUGGUAUAAAUUCUACCACGGUAACCUCGGUGAAUAGUGUAUUGAAUGAAGUUUUUGGUAGUAUGACAAAUAAAUGGGAUUUUGAGAAGUUUCCUGGUCCUCUUGAGCAUGUUGGCAAAACCACAUUGAAGACUGCAUUUCAACCAUAUUCGUCUAUAGGAUGUCCAGAUCCAAACAGUUGGAUGGCACCGAAUGGUGCAAAUAUGAGCCUGGAUUAUCCUUGUGGUUCCUCAAAAAAUAGUAAUGAGCUCUCGUUAAGUCUUGCAACAUCUCUUCCUGGUGUUAUCAAUGGGAAUAAUAUACCCGAUCAGUCCUCUGAAAUUAAUUGUUGCUUGAAUACAACAAGGUUAGGUUCAGAACAAACCUCUUCCAAUGCUAAGGAGCUUUCUCUGAGUUUUGGUUCUGAUGGACCCGUUCAAGUAUCACACUUAAUAUCGGGAUCUAGAUAUCUUCAUGCAGUUCAAGAAAUACUUGCUCAAAUUGCAAACUAUUCACUUGAAAAUCUAGAGCAGAUGAGUGUUGGACCUGGAGCAACUAUGCCGUUCUCCGGAAGUUGUCUAGCUGGAAGAUGGAUGGCAGUGAUGGAUUCAAAUGAUUGUCCCAAUGUUGAUGGUAACACUGAGGUUCAGUUAGAGGCAGAAUUACAAAAACGGACGGUCGAGGCCAAAAAAACCCAACUGCUGACUUUACUUCAAGUGGUUGAUGACAGAUACAGUCAAUGCUUGGAUGAGAUCCAUACGGUUAUAUCUGCAUUCCAUGCUGCAACUGAGUUGGACCCCCGGGUGCAUGCUAGUUUUGCUCUACAUACGAUCUCUUUCUUAUACAAGAACCUUAGAGAGAGGAUCAGCAACCAAAUCCUAGCCAUGGGAGCAAAUUUCAACAGCGCGUGCACUAGAGAUAGGGAAAAAUCUUUUCAGAAUUCAUUCAUCCAGGAGCAAUGGGCGUUACAGCAGCUAAAGAAGAAGGAUCAAAUAUGGAGACCGCAGAGAGGGUUGCCUGAAAAAUCUGUCUCGGUUUUACGUGCGUGGAUGUUUCAGAACUUUCUUCACCCGUAUCCAAAGGAUGCAGAGAAACAUUUACUUGCAAUAAAAAGUGGGUUAACAAGGAGCCAGGUCUCUAAUUGGUUCAUAAAUGCUCGUGUUCGGCUUUGGAAGCCAAUGAUAGAGGAAAUGUAUUUGGAGAUGAACAAACGAAAAGCUCGACAAAAUGAGUAAGGAACCAAGAGCAACCCCAGAAGCCAGAUAAGCAUCAACCAUCAAAGAUUUAACUUCAAUUAAAAGCACAAGAAAGAAUGGAUCAGUGGGCAAUGGAUUCUGGAUUUGAGCACACGUUUUUCAGUAGGAAAGAAACACAUCCACCUCAAGGUUACAACUGUACAUAAUGCUCCAUUAUAGUUGGGACCUUUAGCUUUAAGGGUAUGAUUCUAAUUCAUACAGGGAACUCUUUUGUUGAAAGUAUUUUUGAUUUCAUAGUAAAAUUUUCAUGGACUUGGUAUA